AUGAAUCCAGAAGCGCGUCGCCAUCAGCGUCUUAGAGGUGGCUGGGAUGUUGGGCCUGAUGAAUUUAAAUCUCUUGGAUUUACAAUUGGUCUGCCUCCUGGCAUAUAUGUUCCACAAACAAAACAAAUUUCGGAUACAAGUCAAAGGUUUGAAGAAUGUGAUCAGCAAUUUGCAGCUUACGAUAGUAACUUUGCAGUCCAAGAAAGAUCUGCUUUAUUUGAAGCUGGUAAAAUAGUUAGGUGUUUUGUUUCUUCGCUUCCUCCCAACAUUACAGAAGCUCGCUUGAAGCAAGUAAUUAAUCAAACAUUGUUCAAGAAAAACCUUACAUCACAACCUGAUGUUGUUUACAAAGUUUCAAUAAAUUCUCAGGGACAAUUUGCUUUUGUUGACUUUGAGAAACCUAAAGAUGCAGAAAAGUUUGUAGAACUUAAAGAUUCAUUCAUUAUUGAUGGAUUUACCUUAAAAAUACGAAAAUCAACAAUGGCUACUACAACAGAAACGAGUCUUACGCUUCCGCAUGAGCAUGUUAACGGUCUCAUUAUACAGGAUAAGUCAUUUUUCGAUACAUCACUUGAAUCGGAGAAAAUUUGUCAAGAAAUCAAAGAAAUUGUUUCGAAAUACGCAAUAGUAGAUAAAGUUCAGAUGCCCAAAUUCAAUGACAUACGUUUAGGUUAUGUAAUUGUUGAUUUAUUCAAUCCUGAUUACGUAGAUUUUGUAAUUUUGAAAUUAAAGCUAAAUCAUAACUUACAAGCAAGGAGAUGCUUUGUCCAAUCAGGAGAAUACCCCAGGGAUAUCAGCGAGAUUAAAAGUAAGAUCAUGCAUACAAAUCUUAACAAAGGAAUGCAAAAAGAAAAACUUUAUUCAGUUUAUCCUAAAAAAGAUUUAACAAUUGCUGAUAUAUUUAAUCUUGAUGUAGAUAUAGCAACAAUUGAUGCGAUUGUACCUUAUUCAUCUUCAAGAUUUCUCAAAAUUUACAAUGUUUUGAAGAGAGACACUCCGAGUGAAGAAGUAAACACUGUUAUAGGAGAUAUGAAAGAAGAAUGCGAGAAAUACGGAAAAGUUUUGAAUGCAUAUGCAGAAACUACUUUUCCGAAAUUUUCUAGCAUCAUUCCAACGCCAAUUGUAAUUGAGUACGAAAAAACAGAAGAUGCUGUAAAAGCUCAAAAAAUUAUUGCUGGUCUUCAAUACUGUGGAAGAGCGUUGAUAACAUGUUUGGAAGAUCCUCGCAUGUGA